AUGUCCACUGAUCAUCUUAAUAUAGAAGUUAAACUUCAUCCAGUUCCGAAAUGUCUUUUGGAUUCAUCUACCAAUCCUACUCCUCAUAUUAAUUCUAUCGAACAAUAUAAAAAACUUUAUGAAGAGAGUAUUAAAAACCCUACUGAAUUUUGGGGAAGACUCGCUAAUGAACAUCUCACAUGGCAUACACCUUUCCAAACCGUUCUUUCAGGAGGCUUCGAACAUGGUGAUGUUACAUGGUUCCGUGAAGGUCAAUUGAAUGCUUCCUACAAUUGUUUAGAUAGGCAUGCUAUUAAAAACCCUGAUAAGGUUGCAAUUAUUUAUGAAGCUGAUGAACCUGGCAAUGAUCGCAAAGUUACAUAUGGUGAACUUUUACGUGAUGUUUGCCGUUUCGCCAACGCAUUGAAAGCUCACGGCGUGAGAAAAGGUGAUACAAUCGCUAUCUACAUGCCAAUGGUACCUGAAGCUGUAGUUGCAUUCUUGGCAUGCGCUCGUCUCGGAGCUGUCCAUUCCGUAGUCUUUGCUGGUUUCUCUGCUGAAUCUUUACGUGAUCGUAUUCAAGAUGCUUCUAGUAGAUAUGUUAUCACUGCCGAUGAAGGUCGUCGUGGUGGUAAAACUAUUAACACCAAAAAGAUUGUUGAUGAUGCCUUGAAGGAAUGUCCCCAAGUUGAACGCGUUUUCGUAUUCCGCCGUACCGGUUCAGAUGUUCCAUUCUGCUCCCCUCGUGAUGUAUGGUGGCACGAGGAACUUGAAAAACAUCGUCCCCAUUGCCCACCAGAAAUUGUCAACUCCGAAGAUCCUCUUUUCUUACUUUAUACAUCUGGGUCUACUGGUAAACCGAAAGGUAUUCUUCACACUACCGCUGGUUACUUAUUAGGCGCUGCUGUUACUCUCAAAUAUGUUUUUGAUUAUCACGAAGGCGAUAUUUAUGGUUGUAUGGCUGAUAUUGGUUGGAUCACUGGUCAUACUUACAUCAUUUACGGUCCGUUGUUGAAUGGUGGUACUUCGGUAUUGUUUGAAUCGACACCUGUAUAUCCUACCCCAAGCCGAUAUUGGGAAGUUGUUGCCAAACAUAAAAUUACUCAAUUUUAUACUGCUCCAACCGCUAUUCGUUUAUUACGUAGAUAUGGUCGUGAACACGUCGAUAAACAUGAUCUUUCAAGUUUAAGAGUCAUCGGUUCAGUCGGUGAACCUAUUAAUCCUGAAGCUUGGGAGUGGUAUAAUGAAGUCGUCGGUAGAAAUAUUUGUGCUAUAGUCGAUACUUAUUGGCAAACUGAAACUGGGUCAAUCAUUGUGACCCCAUUGCCAGGUGCCACAUCUACAAAACCAGGUUCUGCAACUUAUCCAUUCUUCGGUAUCGAUCUUGCGGUAUUAGAUCCGAAUACCGGUGAAGAGAUAACAUCAACAGAAGCCGAAGGUGUUUUGGCUGUGCGUCGACCUUGGCCAUCAAUGUUACGCACUGUUUACAACGAUCAUAAUCGAUUCCUUAAUACUUAUCUAAAUCCUUAUAAGGGUUAUUACUUUACAGGUGAUGGUGUUGGUCGAGAUUGUGAUGGUUAUUAUUGGAUUCGUGGACGAGUAGAUGAUGUUAUUAAUGUAGCGGGUCACAGAUUGUCAACUGCAGAGAUAGAGUCUGCUUUAAUCAUUCACCCUGCAGUUGCCGAAGCUGCUGCUAUUGGUGUACCUCAUGAGUUAAAAGGCCAGUGUGUACACGCCUUUACUACUUUGAAACCAAAUUGUGAAAAUACUCUGACAAAGGAUUUGAUUUUGCAAGUACGUACAAGUAUUGGUCCAUUUGCUGCUCCUGAAAAGGUUUAUAUUGUUUCCGAUUUACCAAAGACUAGAAGUGGAAAGAUUAUGAGACGAGUUUUGAGAAAAAUUGUUUCAAAUGAAGUAGAUACAUUAGGUGACUUAAGCACUUUAGCAAAUCCUGCUUUAAUUGAACCUUUGAUUGAACAAGUUAAAAAUUCUUAG